UUCGUGCCUUUCCGCGGUAGCGAGGCGGGGUUUAGGCGGGGUCGAUACGAUACGGUUUGGUACAGUAAGUGCGGGUAUCAAACUAUAUCAAAAAGUUUAUAUCAGUGGUGGAGACCCAGCGGCAGCGCGGUGUGUAUAUUCGGGUUUUAAUACGCGAGCGAUGAAAAUCAUCAUCAUCCACCGGUGACGACGGCGAGGUUGGUACGCGCUCGAUGAAUUAUUUCGAGGACAGAACGAUCGUCCUACCGUUCGAGAGGCGUCGGUCCGUUUUGCCGCUUUUUCGCUCUUUAAAUCCCGUGUGCUGAGACGUGAGCCAGUGCUGCAGAAGCCACGAUGGUGCGGCGGUACGUCGAGGGUUCUUUGGAUCGGGCCUUGAGGCAGUCGGCGGCGUUGCCGCACCUACCGUUCCUAGCAUAACAAGUAUUCCGAGACCAGUGAGCGAGCGAGCCAACGAGUGGAGUUCCAAGCGAACACGAACGCUCUACGUCGUUGCCACAUUUACCCCGAGGAGCUCACGGCUCGGGCUUACUGAUUUUUCUGCGCUGGAGUAAACGAGAUGGCAGUGGCCGACGGGAGGAGGAAACCAUUGGUCAAAGAUUUGCACGACCACAUCGUGUGUCCACUGUGUCGCGGGUACCUGAUAGAUGCGACUACGCUGGUCGAAUGUCUGCAUUCCUUUUGCAGGGGUUGCAUCGUGCGCCGUCUUGGUAGCGGUGCUCGAGCCUGUCCUGUGUGCGGCGCACUGACGCUUCCGCCUCUGCUGCCGGACCUGGCCCUGCAGCAUCUCGUUUACUUGGCCGUUCCGGGUCUCUACCGAUCGGAAUUGGACAGAAGACGUCACUUCCGCUUGGUGAAUCCCCAGUGUCCGCCGCCCGCCCCGCCCCUCGGCGGCUUAGCGUUGACCCUCGACGAUGCGGUGAGUCUGAGCCUAUGCGAGAUCGUGAACACGGACGACGUCGUCGCGACUGCGGAGGAACCGCGGCGGCGACAGCGACGCCCGCGGCCGGCGACGGAAAAUGGCAACGACAUCAGCGAGCUGGUCCAGGAAUACGCCGAGGACGAGAAUUCGAAUGGCAGGGGACAAAUCCGGUAUCUCAAAUGUCCCGCCGGCGUUACCGUCAGACAUUUGGUUAGACUUUUGGCCCUUAAACGUGGGUGGGGUGACGCCGAAGCUAAAUUACCGCUCAAGAGGAUCGAGAUGUUGUACGAAUAUCCUAAAAGCCACUCCUCGCCUCCUGACAAGAGUACCGGUAAGCCGGAUAUGCGACCCCUCGAACCUUCCUGGACUCUACUCGACCUCGCAUGCAUCUUCAAGUGGGACAAGGAAACCCCAAUGAAGUUGUACUACCGGGUAGUACAGCGGUCAGAAGAAACGAUACUCCAGCAGCAGUCAGGGGUACCGAUAUCACUAAGUUCCUAUAACAACACUGCCAACAACAAUAACAGUACAGUUGGAAACAAUUCAAACGUGAUGGAAAACGUCCAAAGACCACCAACCCCACCGCCAAGUCCAAAGCAAUCGUCCAAUCCAGAAAUCAGAACAGCGUUGCAGUCACAAUCCGCACAAUUAUCGAAUACGUCAAAGCCAAAGUGCAAGCCGAUAAUAAAAAGUCUUGAAAUAUUAAAACCAGUUAGUGGCAUAGUGAGAAAAGCCAGCGAAGAACGAACGGAGUUGGAAGCCCGCGUGGAAACUACAGAAGAAGCGCCUCCCGAAGUCAUGGCAAAGUCCUUAAAUCCGAUUUCGGUCGAGCUAUCCGCGUCGUCGCAGCAACAACAGCAAUUGAUAAGCAGCUGUAGCGUGCAGGAAACGAUCGCCCAAUCGGUAGACGCGAACGGAACUCUGGUGGCGAGUGGAGAGACGAACGGUAUAAAGAUAAAGAAGCCGCGUUGCAAAGUUACGCCGGUGAUGCGAGCUCCGGGACUCCAGGGAAGCUGCGGCGCCGCGGGUCCGGUAAAUUCUGGGGGAACGGAGAGCAACAAAAGCGGAAGGAAAUUACCGAGGCUGGAGCAUCACAAGCGGCGGAAACGACGCAACAAAAGAUUGAUAGCCGAGAUAACGACGACGCCGAGGGAAGACCUGCUUAAGCUGAAAGUCCGACUGACCCCCUGCCCGCCCAGGAUCACAUCCAGCACCGGAAGCGCCAAGGAGAAGCUGCUGCAGAUGAGAGCCGUACGCAGAGAGAAAAUCAAGACCGGGACCGAACGCGCCCAGACGCCGCCGCCCUGCCUGCCUCUGACUCCACCGCCGUCGGCGUCGAUCGACGGAUCGCCGAUACUCCUCGGCCCGACGACGAAGAAGAACGAAGAAACGGCAGCCGAACAACCGAGGAUUGCGAAGGACUCGGUCGCGACUGUAGCGUCGGGCGGGGAUCCCCUUCCAGUUCAUAUGCAGGAGGAAACGAUCGAGGAAAUAAUAGACGGGAUACCGGACGAGGUUGUCAGGGUUGCGCAGAACAUGAAUAAGAGCAACGGUGCAGUGAAGCCAAUUGCCGCAGCGUCGAUCGGCGACCAGGAGAAGUGUUCCGUGGUUCAGGUUAUUACAGUCGAGGAUGAGGUUCAAGAGGUGCGGGAGUCGAAGCCGAAGAAGAAAGACGUGGAGGAGAUUGAUAAGAAGAAGAAGAGCAUCCCGAAGGUCGAGGAUCACGACCAGCGCGAAGGGGUCAAGUCAACGACCGUCGUUGAAGCGAGCGAGAAGCCUGCGGAGAAACCGAAGGAUGAAGAAGUGCUGCGAAGACUAGGGCUGGUGGCGAUAAGCGAAGCGAGCAAGACGCUCCAGGACAAGAUCCGGAACUCUCAGGGCGGCGGCGGCGGUGGCGGAGGGAUAGACUACCAUCGCGAGUCCUUGGAGCGUCAGCUACGCGAGAGUAAAGCGAAUCGCGUGCGAAGUCUGCUCGCUGAGAAGCAAAUGCGCGACGCACUGAAGAGCAUAAUGUCGAAAUCGAAGCCGGGGGGCCUGCAGGCGGGCUCGAGCAACGGGCAGAAGAAGGGGCCGCCACCCUUGGCGCCGCUGACCCUGAAGCAAGGCUUCUCGAUGCCGCCGAAAAGCGCACACCCGGUACAAACAAAGGCGAACCCGCACCACGUCGGGCAGAUCUCAUCCUCGGCGUCGAGUCGCGGCGCGGGUUCGAAGAACGAAAAGCCUCUCGACCUGAGCAGCGGAGCGAACAACGCUCUGGACCUUUCGCCGACUCCGAGCUGCAGCAACCCGGUCAUAACGAGUACGACCUACUCGACGUCACCCGCUGCGCCGACGGUGAGCAAAGCAACGCCGACGACGACGGGUCGAGGAGUUGGCGCGGAUAAAUCGCCGGAGCGGGACGUCAAGAAGAAUCAGGAUCUGAAUUUGCGGACGCUUUCGGACGCCGCGGUAUCCCUCCUGAGGACCAGCCCGACUCGAGCCAGCGCUCCCUGCAAUCCAGCCGUCGAUCCGCAGGUGAGAAUAACCGGGAACAACUCGACGACCGUGCAGAGUAGCGGCAACAAGGUGGCUCUGCGCAUACCGCAGCCUCAUCAGAGAAUAUCCGGGUUUGGUAACGGGAUGAAAAUCAAACCGAACCUAGCCGUCAGGCACAUUCCAAAUCCUCAAGCCUUUGUCGCCUCGCAGUAUAACAGGAAUCAGAGAACGUCGACGGGCUUUUUUACCGCUCAACAACAGCCUCCUUAAUUAUCUUCAAAAUUUAUUCGUUACACGCGAUUCGCUUGUAUCGUGAUCAUCCGUACAAACGAUAGACUCACAGUCCGGCAUAUCCCCUGUACUUUCCCUCGUGCGUUUUUUUUUUUUUUUAUCAUUUCUUUGGUUUCUGAUAUAUUUGCAUGAUCCUUAUGCUUUGAACAAGAAAAUCUGACAUCUGACGUAUGACAGCACUUGUUACGAGUAUCCUUAUAUUAUUUACGUAUAAUUACCAUGCGUCUAUAAACUUGAAUCUGCAAUUUAGUUUUAUCACUUUAUCGAAGCAUGGCAGUGUUAUAGAGCAAAGCGACGUAGACUAUAAUACUUAUGAUUCGUAUGGAACGAAAAGAAACAUACAUAUACAUAUAGUAUAUGCCUACCUGUAACACAUAUUAUACUAUAUACCCAAACCUAUAUUAUAAUAGAGACGUGUUUAUGUGUAUAACUAUUCGUCUAUAUGUAUAAUAGAGAUGCCAAAGAAUGCCAAGAGAACGUGUGCAAUGUCGUAGUGCAAUCUAACUAUAAUUAGCAAUAUGAUAAUUAAAGAAAAAAAGAAAAGAAACAAAAAAAAAAAAAAAAAACAGAAACAAAAAUUU